AUGGGCGACCACCUUCCCUAUGCAGCAGAUGCCGAGAGCCCAUUAAAACCCUCCGAGCUCCAAGUCCUUCGAGCACAAUUCGAGAAAGAAGGUGAAUUUGUGGGAGUGCAGACCAAGUUCAACUAUGCGUGGGAACAGGGGUUGAUCAAAUCGAAUGCCCGUGUCGAGCAGCAAGAAGGCGUGCGACUCCUCGCCGACAUCUUUCGGACCGCACCCGAACGACGAAGAGAAUGCCUGUACUACCUAGCGUUGGGGAACUUUAAGCUCGGAAACUAUGCUGAGGCUCGAAGAUAUAACGAUUUGCUUCUGGACAAAGAGCCGGGCAAUCUGCAAGCGGAAAGCCUGAGGACACUUAUAGAUGACAGGGUCUCGAAAGAGGGACUUAUGGGUGUGGCUAUUGUGGGUGGGAUAGCCGUGGCAGCCGGGAUUGUUGGUGGUCUUUUGAUGAAGAACUCCAGGCGAAGGUAG